CUGAGUGAGAUAGAGGGCUGAUCAGAAGAGGUUGUAAAAAGCUCUACUACACCACCACACCUUGGAACAGCUGAACCCGGCAUUCUGUUACAGUUAAAACCAAACCAUGGACCUGGAUUACUACAAAUCAUAUGAUAUGAGCUGGGGUACCCUUGGAACGGUGCGUCCCUUCUCCAAUUUCCACCACGACCAAGACACCAUGGAGAUCCAGGCAGCCCUGGAGAAGAAAGAUACAGGAACUCUGGUGAGGAUCUUAACCAAUAGGAACAACGCUCAGAGACAAGUGAUCGCCAAAACCUUCGAAGAAGUCACAGAAAAGGAUCUCGCUGCUGCUGUGAAGAAAACUCUCUCUGGAGACCUGGAGAGUUUCCUGUUGGAGCUGCUGAUGCCUCCUCUGCAGUACGAGGCUCACCGCCUACAUCAGGCCAUGGCUGGUUUAGGAACAGACGAGGAAACGCUGCUGGAGAUUCUGUGUACAAGAUCAGGAAAGAAACUUCAAGAAAUCAGUGCUGCAUACCAACAAAUAUAUAAGAAAGACCUGGAGAAAGAGCUGCAAGGAGAAACCAGUGGAGACUUUGCAAAGCUUGUUUCAGCUUUGCUAAAUAAAGAAAGUGUUCCUGGUGGGGUUCAAAGAGAUAUUGAGGCUCUCCGUGCAUCGCUGAAUGGUAAAAAAGCUGAUGCGGGUCCGUGGAUCGACAUUCUGACCUCCAGAGACUUAAACCAUCUUGAUAAAGUGUUGAUGGGGCUGGAGCUGCAGAGUGGACAGAUGGUGGAUCAGGCUGUGGAGAAAAACUUCACUGGAGAUGUUAAACUGGGUUUAUCGAUUUUGGUCCAGUGCAUACAGGAGCCUUACGUCUACCUCGCUAAACGACUCACUUCAAUGAAGUCUCCCAUAGUGCAGGGGAUUCUGGUAUCUCACUGUGAGGAGGAUCUGCUGUGUAUCAGAGCCGCCUUCAAGAAACUAACAGGAACUUCUCUCUACACGGCUCUACAGCAAAACAAGUUCAAAGGAGACCAUCUACAAGCUCUGUUGGCCAUCUGUCGAUCUGAAGAUUAAAUACAAGCUACAAAAAUGUAUGUUUAUUCCUAUUUUGUCCUUUUAUACAGUCCUGUGAAUCAUUUAUGGAGGUGUAAAAAUAAACUUUGUGUCCAUGGCUA